GAUGGACGGGCAAUCUCUGGUGUUGGGCAUUGACGUGGGCACCUCUUCAGUAAAAGCCGUGUUAUUGGACACCGGCUCGGGGCAUGUGGUGUGCAGCCAGAGCCAAGAUACUCAUGCCGGGGUGCAGUGUGAUUGGGGGUUACAGGGAAAAGAACAGAAUGUCAGCCGGAUAAUACAAGCUCUGAAUAACUGCCUAGCUGCUUUACCCAGAGAGAACCUGAAAAGAGUUUCACGCAUUGGAAUCUCCGGACAAAUGCAUGGAGUUGUGUUCUGGAAAGCAAAUCAAGGCUGCCACUGGAUAAACAGUGGAGAUUUGAGAAUUUUUGAGCCGAGAGAAGCCAGUCACCUUGUUACCUGGGAAGAUGGCCGCUGUACCACUGAGUUCCUGUCUUCUUUGCCUCAACCACACUCACAUCUCUGUGUGGCGACUGGUUUUGGGUGCGCAACUAUCUUCUGGUAUUUACAAAACAGGCAAGAUUUCCUUCAGUGUUACGAUGCUGCAGGUACCAUUCAGGACUAUGUUGUUUCAAUGCUAUGUGGACUUGAAAGGCCUAAAAUGUCUGUCCAGAAUGCUGCUAGCUGGGGAUAUUUUAACACCAGGACCAAAACUUGGAACGUUGACUUAUUAGAAGCCUCAGGAUUUCCCAUAGUUUUGCUUCCUGAUAUUGAGGAUUCUGGAUGUAUAGCUGGGAAGUUGUCUUGUGAAUGGUGUGGUAUCUCACAGGGGACAGAAGUCGGAGUCGCCUUGGGAGAUUUUCAGUGUUCCGUUUAUUCUUCUGCUUCUGAGAGCACAGAUGCAGUCCUUAAUGUAAGCACAUCGGCACAGCUGACAUUUUCCAUGCCAGAAGGUUUCCAGCCAGAAGACGUCCCUCGCUCUGGAGAAGCUGUAGCAUAUUUUCCCUACUUUAAUAAUCGUUACCUAGCAGUGGCAGCAUCUCUGAAUGGAGGAAAUGUAGUUGCAUCAUUUGUUGCAAUGUUGUCCCAAUGGAUUUCUGACUUAGGUCUAAAUAUUCCCGACUCUGAAAUAUAUGCCCAGGCGAUUAAAGCUGCAUUGUCUCAAAGUGAGACGUGUCUUACGGUUUGUCCAACACUCUUUGGUGAGAGACACACACCCAACAGCCACGCAUCUGUGUCAAACAUUGCUGCCACUGACCUUUCACUGGGUCAUGUGACUAGAGCUCUCUGUCGCGGAAUCAUAGAAAACUUGCAUGCUAUGCUGCCUUCCCAUCGACUUCAGGAAUAUGGGGUAAAAAGGAUAAUUGGAAGCGGCAGCGCACUGGCCCGAAAUGAGGUGUUAAGGCAGGAAGUAGAGAAGGUAUUCCCAUUCCCGUUGGUCUAUGGAAAUGAUGUAGACUCAGCAUUAGGUGCAGCCUUGGUGAUGAUAAAACAAAGGUAGAAUUAUUUCCUAUAAUCACAAAAAUAUUUUAUAAAUUUAAAAUAUUGAUUUAGAAAUAAAGUAAUACAAUGUAAAUUACUAGUGUUUUAUUACACCUCGUUUCCAAAUCGUUCUCUUGGCUGCAAGAAAAGGACACUUUGAUGAACAAUAUAAUUCAGCAUUUUAAG